AGUAGAGACCCGAGGAUCUCUUUUCCCUACCAUCCGGUAUACCUACACAUCCCACACCGUGGACAUUGCGCGCAUUAUCGUCGAGAGAAUAAUAAAGAAAUUUGGACCCCUACCAACUCGGUUCUUUACUUGGACGGCCCUUCUUCGCAAGAAAAAAACUCUCUCAUAAUCGUCGACAAGCGAUCCUCACGAAAGUCAUGACGCGGGCUCAAGGCAACAUCGGUCAGCUGGAGGGUCGCGUGGAGAAGAAGCAACGCGUGCGGAAACAGCAGUUCCUUAUCGCACAGAGAAACCUGGCAAAGGCUUUCUAUUGGACGCUGGAGACGCGGCAGACCGUUGUAGGGCAUCUUCGGAAGAAGGGGUGGUCAGUGGAGGGAUGCGAGACCGAGACGGAUCUCAAGCUUGCUUAGAGCUACAUGCCCGACGAUAUUGUCCUAUUGCGGGACAGUGACCUACUCAUUUACGCAAGGAUCUUAACUGUGUGGCGACCGAUCUCAAAAGGUCAGUUUCUCCUUUACGACGUUCCAGGCAUCCUAGCGGUACUAAGGAUCAAUAGGACUCAGCUCACAGUCCUGUGCAUGGUCUCCAAGAACCACUACAACGCCGACAUUCCCUCGCUGGGGUGUGUCGCCAAUCUCAGCAUUAUCAGGCAUUUGGAUGACGAUGGUAAUGUUCACUGAGAAACAGGCGUUAUCUAUGUGGACUUAUUCUAGUGUAUUUUUUUUAUAUUAGGAAUGCAGUAUCGUUCGCAGCCAUUUACUCUGCCAAUAGCGACCACUCUAUCUUUAUUAGAUAAGGGCGGGCACUAUCCUUGGAUGCAAGAUGGCUUCCUGAAGCUGGGACCUUCCCGCUUCAUGCGCCAGCUCAACAACAUCGG